AUGCAUGGUAGGAUACAGCUCUCUUCAUAUACUCUUCGCCAAGCGUUUUGGAUAAUCGGGGGCCGAACUCUGGUUAAGAGUUUAAUUCGUCGUUGUGUCUCGUGUGUACGUGAACGAGCUGUCACAGACCAACAACUUAUGGGCAGCUUGCUUGAUUUUAAGACAACUUGUAGGCCAUUCACUCAUACUGGGGUUGAUUACGCUGAUCCCUUUUCUGUGCGAUUUGCUCCAGGUAGAGGUCAGAAAAGAUAUAAAGGCUAUGUUGCGCUAUUUAUAUGUUGUGUGACUCAUGCAAUUCACUUAGAAUUUGUGUCAGAUAUAUACAGCGACAAUGGCACUACUUUUCAAGGUGCCGAUUGCGAAUUGAGACACAAUGUUUCUCAAAUUCGAAGGGAUGUUGAUUUAAUGGAUCUUUUCUCAGUGGAAGGUACGACCUGGCAUUUUAUUCCAUCCGCAGCACCUAAUUUUGGUGGACUCUGGGAAGCAGGCGUUAAAAGUCUUAAGCAUCAUUUUCAAAGAUGUGUCGGUUCACAUACCUUAACUUUUGAGGAAUUUACUACGUCUCUAGCUAGAAUAGGUUCAUGCCUGAACUCGCGUCUAAUAGGCCCUCUUUUGGAUGACCCUGAUGAUUUCUCGUAUCUGACACCAGGUCAUUUCUUGAUCGGUGCCCCUAUGACUGGUGCUCCUGAACCUUCGGUGGAACUCGUUCCAGAAAAUCGCUUGACCAGGUGGCAGAUCGUGCAACGCAUCGCGGAAAUGUUUUGGCGAAGGUGGAAUGUAGAAUAUUUGCAUUCUUUACAACAUCGCUAUAAAUGGAAUCAGGAGCUACCCAACAUUAAAGUUGGAGAUAUGGUAUUAAUUAAACAUGAUGCUCUUCCGCCUUCGAAGUGGACAUUGGGUCGCAUCAUUAUAUCUUCUCCUGUGAGUAAUUCUUCUCCUAUGAGGCCUUGUCGAGGGCGAACACCUCCUUCUGUCGAGCCUAGUCCUGAGCGACUUUUCUCUUCUGCCAGGCGUUCUGCUGAGCGGCCUUCUUCUCCUGCCAGACGUUCUAUUGAGCGACCUUCUUCUUCUGACAGCCCUCUUAUACUUGCCAGGCAUGCGGUUCAAAACGAUCAAACGCGCAGAGCACCCGACAAUGGUUCAAAAAGCAGUGCCGAUCACCCUAGAGUUCAAGGUACUGAAAAUGAUUUAGAUGGAAACACGACGACGAUCCGGCUAACGGCUCACGUUAAGUGA